UAAGAUACCGAAUGAAUCCAGAAGUAUGCAUCUUCGAGAAUACAACUCAAACACUGUCCUCCUCAAAAAUUAAAGUGCCCUGAGGUGUCCUUUCAAGACCCUUUGAUGUCUGAGAGCACCGAUGAAGCAACAUAGAUAUAAUCAUAUCUAUUUCAUGACUCGAUCCUGCGGUGGCUGAUUAUCUCACGAGACCACGCGUCGACGGCUUUUUUUUUUUGUUCUGCGCUGAGUGUGAUUUCUUGCAAUCUCAAUGAAGAUGGCGAGGAUUCGAAGUCCUGAAAUUUCGUGUGUAGUCCUGUCGCUAUUCGCUUCACCCAUCAAAGAUAAACUUUCCUAUUCACUCAGGCUAGCAUGCACAAAUCCAAAUAAACUUCAUGGGACAAUCGGUGUUUAUACUCGAAGAUUUGAAGCAGCUUCUGGAGCUCGCCUGCUCACAUCAUAUUUAGUCCUGCUACUGUGCACAAGUAUUUGAUAAUUUUGAAGGUCGUGACGUGAAACCACAUGAUCGCUACAAUUUUUCGCCUGGUCUGAUAGCGCAGCAUGUUUCCAGCAUAGUUUCCUGUAUUCCAUUCAGCUCGUGCUUGAGGCACCAGAUGUGGAUUCGUUGUAAUUUUUUCAACCUAUUGCUCUCGCUACCCUAUCUCAACCACAUUGUAUUCCCUCACACAGAAGAUCAUUAUGAACACAAUUACCGAAGGAACAGGUCUUGCCUCGGCGCUUUGGCGCUCCGCGUUAGAGCAGGCGGUUAUGUUGCAGCGCGUUCUUCUAUCGGAGCGAGGCUCCUGCACGAUGACACCAGUUCCAAGAAUCUACCAGAAUACCAAUAUGCGGACCUGCGCGACAGACCAUGGACGGGAUCAGGAACUAGGACUACCUUGACUACGCGUCGGGAUGCUGAAAAUAAAAAAUCUAGCUCCGCUGCAGGAGCGAGUACCAUUUUUGCUGGUGGUCAUGGCAAGCAAGAAGCUGGACAUUAUCACGAUCGUCCAGAUCGUGCUGUCCGACACACGGAAACAAGCGACGCGGCGAGUGUGUCUCAUGGUGCUCAGUCAUCCCACAUCGCCGUUGCAGUUAUUCCCGCCCAUGAUCCGAACUUAUCAUCUUCAGCGGCCUCGGCCAGCCGCGGUGAAGAUGACGAGCAGGAGGAUGGUCAAAACUCUGCCGAUUCAAGUUCGGGAGACGAUGGCUCGGGUUCCCCAUCGUCAUCAAGCGCCGAGGACUCAACCAAAGAUGGUGGCCAACAACAGGAGGAAGAAGAAGCCACACAAGGAGACUCUGACUCCGAAGAAGAACCUCCGUCCGAACAGCCUGCCGACCCGACCCGGUGCUUCAUCUGUUUAGAAAACGACAAGCACUUUCCUCUGCUCCGGCACUGCGCGCGCUGCGACUCCCGCGUGCACAGUCACUGCUGGGCGGGCUACCGUGCGGCCUCCCGGGACUUUCCUCUGCAAGAUUCAGGCGAUGUCAGCGGUCGCCGGAGUCUGUUGGCCUACCAGAGAAACCCGUCCGUGACGAAGUGCCCGCUGUGCCGCGGCUACUGUCUUGGCCUGUUCCGGGAGAAGCUCGCUCUGCUACUCCCGAAAGAUGCGGACUGCUACUCCAUGGCCGCGGAGGCGGUGCACGGGAGUAACGCAAAGCGUCCGAACGUUUUCCACGCAAUACUACUCGGUAGUGCGGAUGCGAACUACGUCUCGCCGCCCGUUGUGAACCGCAAUUUUCGCAGCCGGAGGAGCGCGCGGUACAAAAAACUGUAUGACAAGCUGUGUGGGAGGGUGUGGAGACGCACGGACUCGAAGAUUCCCAACGACACAGUCGAGUAUUUGACGACCGUGUUUGGAGGACUACCAUCCGAAGAUCAUUUUCCGCAACGGCCGGCUGCGGCACCAAUGCAGCCGACGAAUUUGCAUUUGGAGCAAAAUCUGUGGAAAAUCCACAAGGAAAACCAAGAAUCGCUGAAGAAGUUCGAGCUGCGCCGAGCAGAAAAGAAAGCAAAACAAGAACGCUCUUCGCCUGGUUGUCCUCGUUGGAGCGGUCGCGGACGGAACGUCUGCUGCAGAAAAGGGGCCGCGACCUGCUGCACAGUGCUGCUUAUCCUUUGCAAAAGUAAGUAAUCGCACUCGACGUAAUUGCGUGACCCACAGAUCUAGUGGCUUUUUACCUGAAUCUGCAUGUAGGAAAGACUGCAUUUUUCCUUUUGAAAAGAUUUGUCAGGCAACUUCUUGUGCUGGUAGUGUGAUACUUUUGCAAUGCAAACUGCUAACACCAGUAAAAUGCUGUAGGCACACACUGUGCUUCGGCUGCUGUUCGUCCUGCUCCUUCUGCGCUCGCAACUGCGGCGUGUGUAUGAAUGGCAAAUAUGUCUGGGUCUGGAGGGAUGCAUGUUUUGCAUGGCCCAGAAGGUCUGGCAUGCGAGGUCAGGGCGUAGCAUCUCAGGUUUUGCGGCAGCUCCGCGAUGCCGAUGCCUACUCUACUGCAUAAAGAAAUUCACUCUCAGCGUGGAAAAAAAAUCAGAAUGGUACAUUACGGCUUUGACUUUGCUACUUACACUUAGUACUUUCUUAUGCAUGACAAAAGCAGAACUGAGAAAGGAAAGAACGUCACAAGGUGGCACUUUUGCCUUUCGAGGCACAGACACAUUUGCGCCUGAUAUUGUGUUUUUGCGAACAGCGACCCGGGACUUUUCCACUCUCCCGCACGCAUCCCCACUCGCGCAUCUUCUUUUCCGCCCUGAGCACUCGUCGUGCCAUCAGUGACGAUUGUCUCGGGCUUUUCACCAUCGGAUCGGCCUGCGUAUGUUCACUGGCGGCUGCGCAAACCCAGCCGGCGACGCAGCAACUUGCGUGCUGUCUCCUUGUCCUCCCUCUUGGUGGCUGUGCGGGUUUUCUGGGGCCACUGACCUGCUGCUACACCAUGUUUUACGGAGCGCAGCUCCAUCAGGCUUUUCGCGCGGCGAGGAUAGAGAAGAGCGUAGCUAGCAACAGUCCACCUGCUCGGCAGGAUUUUGCUUCCGUUCCACAAGCAACCGAGUCAAAUUCGUGUUGGCCUCUUCAUCGUCCACGUGCACGUCGACAACAAGAAAACAGCGAUGGCAGUGCCUCCUGUGCUAGCACCCGCGGACCUAUGUUUUGUUGCUGUGCUGCUCCUGCUACGGACGAUGAAAAAACGCGCGACAGCGAGGAAUCAACGCGCCACGACGACAACCCUUCGCAUGUGCAGCCGCAGCCGUCCAGUGGUCCAGCAGCUGCUUCCGCACCACUCGUGGUCACAACCGCUGAAGCUCCCCCUCAACAGGUCGUGAUGACCAUACAGACGGACCAUAAUCGAAAUCUUCGUCGAGCUUCCAGCAUAGCCGGCCUAGGAGAAAAUGAAAAAUUUCCGUCCGUCGCCACACCCACACCGGACGAGGACAGUAGAAGAACGAUACUUCUCCAAGAUAUGCAGCAAAGCCUUUACGAUGUCGACCUGGAGGCCGCGGGCUCACGACACUCGCAGAACCCGAAUCAACAUUUGAAUUUUGCAAACACAAAAAAUAACGAAGUAGAGAAAAAUAAAGCUUUCAAGACUUUUGCGCCGUACACCCCGGCAUUCGCGAAAAGUCACAAUUUCGACGGUUGCGCCUUUGCGCCGUGCUGCUGCUGUCCAUUUCUUGGAGCUGGUUUUUACUCCUGUAUGGAAGAUGGGUAAUUGUAUGUACUUCCUGGAGUGAUAUCUCAGAUCGAUAGCAAUAGAGCAAAAAGUCAAUUUUUCCACCUGUCGAAUUGUGCUUUAGAGCUUCUUCGCUUGAACUUGAUGUACCUAGUUUCCCUUUCCUCGUCUGACUGAAAAACGAAUGCAAAGCAAUGUGAUUGUUGACAACUUCCAUCGCGUACGAAGAUGAAAAAGAAGCGAAAGUAAGUAUACAGCAGAUUGCUUCUGCUUCAAUAAUAUGCACUCAGCGUGCCGAGCAAUUGAUGGCUUGAGAAUACAGUGCCUGUGAUUGAGAAACCCAAAUUGAAUAGAGGUACGGGAUCGGAAGCGUCUCGUUGAAUCAACGAACC